AUGGACCCGCCGGCCACCCUCCCGGGAUUCCCGGUGCUGCCCUCGCUCGCGCCGUCGGGGCCGCCGCCGUCGCCGCUCCCGGGAGCCGAACCGGGGCGGGAGCCGGAGGAGGCGGCGGUGACGGCGGGCGGCGGGGGAGAGGUGGAGCCGAGCCGCGCGCCGCCGCCGGGCCCCGGGAGGAGACGGCGGCGGCCGCUGCAGCGCGGGAAGCCGCCCUACUCGUACAUCGCGCUCAUCGCCAUGGCGCUGGCGCACGCCCCGGGCCGCCGCCUGACGCUGGCCGCCAUCUACCGCUUCAUCACCGAGCGCUUCGCCUUCUACCGCGACAGCCCGCGCAAGUGGCAGAACAGCAUCCGCCACAACCUCACGCUCAACGACUGCUUCGUCAAGGUGCCCCGGGAGCCCGGCAAUCCGGGCAAGGGCAACUACUGGACGCUCGACCCCGCGGCCGCCGACAUGUUCGACAACGGCAGCUUCCUGCGGCGCCGCAAGCGCUUCAAGCGCGCCGAGCCUCCGGGGCCGCCGCCGGGGCCGCCGUCCGCGCCGUCGUCCGCGCUGCCCUUCCCCUACGCGCCCUACGCGCCCGGCCCCGCGCUGCUCGCCUCGCCGCCCGCAGGCCCGGGCCCCGCGCCGCCCUCCGCUCGCCUCUUCAGCGUCGACAGCCUGGUGAGCCUCCCGCCCGAGCUGGCGGGGCUGGGCGCGCCCGAGCCGCCCUGCUGCGCCGCGCCCGACGCCGCCGCCGCCGCCUUCCCGCCCUGCGCCGCCGCCGCCGCGCCCUCGCUCUACUCGCAGGUCACCGACCGCCUGGGGCUGCCCGCCCCGCGCCCCGGCCCCGGCCCGCUGCCCACCGCCGCCGAGCCCCUCCUGGGCCUGGCCGGACCCGCCAGCGCGCUCGGGCCGCUCGGCUCUGGGGAGGUCUACCUGAGGCAGCCCGGCUUCGCGCCCGGCCUGGAGCGCUACCUGUGA